AUGCUUUUGAUUUGUAUAUUAAUAAGCAUAACCAACUAAUAAACCCUCUUUUAUUCAGCAUUCAGUGAUACAAUUCUAACUUAAACUGAUAGUAAUAAACAUCAUUAAAAUAGAUUGGAGAUUCCUAAACAUAAAUCCUUCAAAUAUAAUAACCUAAUGUGGAUCAGAAUAUAUUAUAGGAGGUUUUGAAAGAUUUGCAUAAUCAUAAGCUGCUACAAAGAUCUUACUAUUACCUCCUCAUUAUAGAAUGAAAAUUUCUAUGACCCUUUAUAUGUAAUAAGCAGUUUUUCUAACAUAGAAUCGAUUCAUGGGACUUAAAUGAGUACUUUUAAGUAUAUGCUGAUUAAAACUUAGUAUAUAAUGUCGCAUAUUCAGGUUUAUAAGGUACAGGUCAUAUCUGUGGAUAAUAGUAAACAUAUACUAAAGAUCAAAUUCAUAAUAUAUAAUUUGAGUUUGAUCAUACAGGAUUGACAACCUACCUAUACUUAACUAGUACUUUGGAUAAUAGUGCUUGGGAUGUAUGAUUAUUUAUAAAUAAAGGAAUCAUGGGGAUUUAAGAAUUUUAAACUAUUUCUCUACUUAUGCCCUCCAGGAUGUUUGGUUUGUAUUCAAAGUGAUUCUGAGUUUGAUUGUAAAUCAUGGGUAUUAACUCAUACUGCCUAUACUGAAAUUGAUUAUACUUUAUUUAUUACAGAUGGAUGGACUAUUAGUUAUGGAGAUGUAAAUAAAUAAUAAUGUUUCAGUAACAUAUAGAAAUAUCAUAUUAGUGAUUCCAACUAUAUGUGGGUAUGAAGUUUGUGGAAAAGAUACUGUAUUGUCUUUGAAUUUAAUAAAUAUUCCCACUCAUUCAUAAAUGAAAAUAAAGCUAAAGUAUUUAAAGAUUGAUAGUUGGGAAGUGUCAGAUUACGUUUAAUUGAAAGUUGAUGGUGAAUUGAUAUUGGAUUAGCAGCUAUCAUAAUUAAAUGAAUAUUUAUAUGGAAUUUGUGGAACAACUUAAAAAGAAGUAUUUGUUAAUAUAGAACUUACAUUUCCUCAUUCUAUUACUAGUGCCAGAAUAAAAAUUUUAAAUACUUUAGAUUAAGCAUUUUCAGAUGAGUCUUUUGGAAUAAGAGACAUAUAAAUAUUUAUAAGUAUAUAUAAUAUAUAUAUAUUCAGAAUAAUCAUUAUGUGGUGAUCAAGUAGUUGAAUUAUAAGAAGAAUGUGAUGACGGCAAUUUGUUUCCAUUUGAUGGUUGCUUUAACUGUAUGUUUUCAUGUGUUGAUGGUUGUUCUGAAUGUAGAGAUAUGAUAUGUUUAAGUUGUUAUGAGGGUUGGAUUUAUUUGGAAUAUGAAUAAAUUUGUGAAAAAGAGAUUAUUUAAGAAUAUUCUUUAAUAACUAUCUUAGAACUAUAAACUUAAUUUGAUUGUUUUCCUCCAAUAGAUAAUUGUUAGGUUUGUUUAUUGGGAAAGUGUAUUUUAUGUCAAAAUGACUUUUUUUUUAAUUAAUUUAAUGAUAAAUGUGAGUAAAUUUGUUUUGAUCAAAUUAAUAGUUAUUAUGAAUUAUGUGAUGAAUAUUAAUUAUAACCAUUUUGCAAUAGAUGUUAAAUUAAAUGUAAUGAUCAUUGCCUAAAUUGUAAUUAAGGUAUUUGUUAGGUAUGUGAGAAUGAUUUUAUUUUGGAAAAUAAUUAUUGUAUUUAGAUAGGGAAAGUCAAUUUAUGUUAACCUUAAUGUUAGAUUUGUAUUGAUAAUAUUUGUUAUAAAUGUUAAUCUGGAUAACUAUUAAUUUUAGGUUAAUGUUAAAACAUUUGUGGAAAUUAAAUAGCACUUUACACACUUGAAGAAUGUGUUUGUGAUCUUUAUUGUGAGGAAUGUGAAGAUGGUAUUUGUUAUUAAUGUAAUAACUAUUUUAAAUUAUUUAAUAACUAAUGUAUAAGUACAUGUGGAGAUCUUAUUGUUUAAGAACAUGAAGAUUGUGAUGACGGUAAUAAUAUUGAAUUUGAUGGUUGUUUCUAUUGCUAAUAUUCUUGCCCUNGUAAUAUAUUUAAUAAAAUUUGA